GAAAGAAAUUAAUAAUACUCCCUUGGAUGAACCGGUAAUGAAGCUGAAUACAGAACCGAUUACGGAUGAAGCUAUAAUUGAUAACUUCAUGAAAGCUAUUGCUUAUACUACCGCAACCACUUAUUUAAUACCCUGA